AUGAUUGGUGAAGGACAUCCAGAUAAAGUAUGUGAUAGAAUUAGCGAUGCAAUUUUGGAUGCUCAUUUGUCUCAAGAUCCAUCUGCUAAAGUAGCCGUGGAGACUGUGGCGAGCAUCGUCGCUUCCAAGGCAGCAGUAAACUAUCAAAAUAUCGUACGAAGAGUCCUGAAGGAUGUUGGAUAUGAUUGUUGUCAGAAGGGAAUGGACUAUAAAACAGUAAAUGUGAUGGUUUGCUUAAAGGAACAGAGUUCAGACAUCUCCCAGGCUGUGAUCAGCAAAACUACUCUUGAGACUGGUGCAGGAGAUCAGGGUAUAAUGUUUGGAUAUGCAACUGACGAAAAUAAGGAAGAAAAACAGCAGUAUUUCUGA